AUGUCGACAGCUAAAAGUUCAUCGACUGAUCUUCGAUCAGAAUUUGACCGUUUGGAUUGCGAUAAAGAUGGUUUUAUAACGAUACAGGAAUUUCGUGCAUAUUAUGCACAAAAGAAUACUGAUCAAUCAACAAUUGAGAAAGCAUUUGCUGAGAUUGAUGCGGAUAAGGAUGGACUGGUCACAUUUGAAGAAUUCCAACGGGCGUACAAACAAUAA